AUGGCUCUCUUUCUGGCAGCCAGCAUCCUGUGGGCUCUGAGCUGGCUUCUAUACCGUGCAUGGCAGGUCUGUCAGACUUCCAACGAGGUAUUAAUCGAGAAGCUUGGUUUGGACAUUCCUCCGCCGCCGGAAGUUACUCUGGAGGAAAUAACCGCUCGCGAGAUAAGGAUUGCCUGGAAGCAACCGGAAUUCCACAACUCUAUCCACAAGCAUAUAAUACAAGUCAAUGGCGCUAAAGUUGGAGAAUCCAAACGAGCCGAAACCGCUGUCGAAAUCUUGAAUCUAGCUCCCGGAAGCAUAUACCAUAUUUGUGUCUCGUCCAUCAGCGCAGCAAACUUUCAAACGCCCAGUGCAGUUAUCCAUGUGCGCACCAAGUCCCUUCCAGCGUCCCAAUCGGAAGGCAAUGCUCCGUCAUCUGGUCCUACUAUACGAGCCUCGAUACCUCGGUCAACUGCUGGGCUUCCCACCCCUUCGGCACCAUUGAUGGCCCGCGAACAUAGUGGAGGCCCUUUGCAAAAACGAUCAUCCGUUGGGCGUCGACAAUCCCCUGCGGCCGGUGCAACAGACGUUUCGCACAGUCAUCCCGAAAACCUGCAGCACAGCGCCGCCUCCUACGAUCAAAAUGAAGACAUUUCCUUGCUAGCGGAUCGACUGAAAAAUUUACAGCAUGAGAACGAUGCCGUGGAAAAGCAGACUACCGAAGAAGAGGAAGAACACAUUGCGUUAUUGAAGGAUCUUGAAAAGCAGCGAAAUGAGUUGAGGAAGCGUGUUAGGGAGAAGGACGAGGCCAGCGGCGACCUGAAGAAGCACGUUAACAAAUUGGAAAGCGUCAAUCGGACGGUGCAGAGCGAAAAGGUCAAACGUGAGAGGGUGCUUCAGCAGAAGGAGGCCGAUCGCAAGAAGCGGAAGAACGAUCUUCUACGCUGGCAAGAACAAAUGGCCCAGAUUGCCGCCGACACCGCGCAGGCCAGACAGGAAAAAGAGCGGCUUGAAGAGGAGGGGAAGAAACGUGCAGAUGAAGUUAGGGAGAAGAUCGCGAAGGAACAAGCCGAGAUGAGGGUCAUCGAUGAGGAGAUUCAAGACAAAGGCGGACGGGUCAAAAAACUUGAGGACGAGAGAAAAGGAUACACGGAUGAAGAUGGGGAGGAUGGAAAUGAGCUGGAUCGCAUUGACAACGAACGGGCUCGGCAGUGGGAAAUCAAGCUCGGCCAUCUGCAAGCACGCUACGCUACGCUUGUAAACCUCCAUGCCCAGGCUCAGCAGCAGCAUCAAGAGGCACAGGAGCGGUUCAAAUGGCUGACCUCGCAACGAGCUGGUACGGCGCCGUUCUCUCUGCCACCUCUGGAUCUAGAACUACCCUCCGGGGCGGCCAUUCGUCCACCCCGGCGCCAUCGCAGUUCUCUCAACAGCAAUGUCUCGUCGCCAAUGAACUUCCCUUCCUUAGAACCGUUUCCUACCAGUAUGAAUUACAACCCUCCGACGACCAGCUCGCCUACUUUUGCACCGGCCUCAUCGUUCUUUAACAUCAAUAAUGGAAUGACUCUUCCUGGGUUGACCGCCGAACCUGGCAGCUACCGCAGAGGCUCCGACUUUUCGAUCACCAACCCCCAGAUGAGCCCCCGAGCCGACGCUCUGCUCCCAUCCGAUUUGCUUGGCGAUGAAGAAUCACCGGAAUUGCCACGGCCUAUCCUCAGACCGAGAUUUUCAGAUCUCGAAGAAACUACUACUAAGCGCGAGAGCUUCCCUCCCAACCCUUCUUCACCAGACUCUGCUGGCAGCCAGCCGGCUAGUCUCUUGGGUAGUCCUGAGGAGGCACAGAAGGCCCCUCAGGAAAUUAAUACUCAGACUGCAUCCUCAGCGGAUGCAGAUGAGGCACCGAAAAGUGCCUCGAGACGGUUGUCUGGGCUGUUCAACUUCAGUCGUCCGCGUGGUAAAACACUCGCAGAAGAGCCGCCGCUUCUGGGAACAUUGAAACAGGGCCAAAGCCAGUCAUUCCCUAGGGAGAUGGAUGAAAUCGAGCCUAUCGGACCUAGACGUCGUCGCCUGAGCUACACCACCAGCUGGGCUAACCCGAUGUCCUUGCUACCGAGAACUCACACAGCUGGGGCCACCCCAGAUAGCUCAUCUGAUCAUUUGCCGUCCAGACGUACCGCUAUCUCCAGCAUAUUUUCGCCGAGCAGGUUUGGUUUCGGAAGUGGCAGUAGCUUGUCUAAGGGAGACAGCACCGAUUUCAGCACUGGCUAUAAUCAGUUUAGUCCUAGGCACGAUCCGAUUGACCCGUCAUCAAUUUUAGGUGCCGUUCGGAGAAGGGGUUCUUUGUCUCCCAGGCCAUCCUCUACAUUCUCUUUUGAUAACCAACUCCCGCAUCCCUCCACAGACAACCGUCACUUCGGCUGGCCGUCUGCUGACAAGCCCGGUCACCGGAGUCCUCUUGGUUUCAACUGGACCUCGCCGUCUACGUGGUCGAGAGCUCAAUCUCGACGCCCUUCUACCACUCACUACGGUUCUUCCGGCCAUCUCCCGUUGGGUUUUUCGGCUGAUCCUGACUUCAUUGAUGACUCGUUCGAAAGGCAGGGUCGACCACUGCAAGCACCAAUCGGCACGCGUCCAUCGUCGUCCCACCGCCCAAUAACCCCCAAACUGAAUCCGGCAGCGCCGACCUUCAAAACCAUAAUCACGGGAAGGAGGUCAGACAAGAAGGAGGGCAAUGAGAGGGACCUGGACCACGAGGAAGCAGACACGUCUUUUGACAUGUCCUUUGACCACGGCUCCCCAUCGGAGUCCCGUGCGUCUAGGGAUUCUCGAUCCCUGUCGAACUUCCCUAGAGACUCGUAUGAAUCUCUCGAACGCAUGCCAUCUGCGACUUCCACAGACAACGCGGGUUCGAAAGAAUCCUUUAUUCGAAAAAUCACCCGGAAAGGCAGCUCCAGCAAGUUCGGGUCUUGGAAAGACCGCUCCGGUCUGUUCUCCAAGAAGGGGGAUUCUUCGCAAGGCGACAAUGAUGAGGACGGCGAUGGCGAGGGUCAACUUGCCAAGAGCAUCGACAGCACCGUGUCUAGUGCCCCCAGCAGGAGCAGCCUUAGUUUCUUUAGCCGCAAGUCGAAGAAAUCCGAUAAAGCGGCUAGUGAGACGAGCGAGAGGCCCAGCGAGCGGGUCAGCGAAUUUGGUGACGAUGAGAUUCCGGAAGAGGAGACUGUCUAG